GAGAGGAACCCAAAUUAUGAGACUGGGAGCUUAUAUACAGCAUCUGGCACAUUGACCCUUCAUCUCCGGGGAGAGAGAGAGCUUCACUCCAGAAGCCCUGCAUCCUCGGAUUCUGUGGUGGGAAGGCCCUGAAGAUCAUCUUCCCUCUUUCCCUAUUGAUCCUCCUCCUACCUCCUUCUCAGCUGGGUCCCAGGCCCCCAGGCUUUGGUGCUUUCCUCGGCCUUAUCCCCACCCACAGUGGGGCCCACCAGUGCCUGCCUCCCACCCUGAGGUCACCGAGAGCCCCACGUCAUGCUUGGAGGCAGAUGUUUCCUGUCCCCAGGGAAUACUGUCAGUGCCCAGGCAGGCCGCAGAGCUGUGUCUCCCUGCCCAGCCAUGGGCCCCAACCUGCUCUUGCUGCUGUUCCUGGGACUAGCAGGACAGGGCUUGGCCACCAGCCUCCCCGAGGCGCUGCAGGCACCUGUGGGGGGCGCCAUCCUGGUGCAGUGCCACUACCGGCUCCAGGACAUCAGGGCUCCGAAGGUGUGGUGCCGCUUCCUGCUGGAGGGGUGCCAGCCCUUGGUGUCCUCUGCUGUGGAUCGUGGAGCCCCAGGGGACGGGCGCAUGUUCCUCACCGACUUGGGGGGCGGCCUGCUCCAGGUGGAGAUGAUCGGCCUGCGGGAGGAGGACUCCGGGGAGUACGGCUGCGUGGUGAAGGGGUCCGCAGGGCCCCUGACGGUGCACAGAGUAGCUCUGGCCGUGUUCCCUCCAGCUUCUGGCCUGAAAGAGGAGGAAGAGGAAGAGGAGAAAGAGAAGACCCAUAAGGUUGGGAGUCUGGCUGACAGCCCCUUCGUGGACCCCAUGGGCAGUGCCAGCCCUCUGGAACCCAGCUGGGAUGAGAAGAGCAUCCCCUUGAUCUGGGGCACUGUGGUCCUGCUGGGCCUGCUGGUGGUGGCUGUGGUGCUGUUUGCUGUGAUGGUCAAAAGGAGAGGGAACAGGCCUGGUGUCUGCAGCCCCCUUCAGAGCAGUGGAGUUUCAGGCAUGGUGCCCUCCGCGGUGGCGCACCAUGUCAGGGACUCGGAAGUGGCUGCUGAUUUCCCAUCGGACAUACAGUAUGUUAGGCUCGACUCACCACCUUCCUUCGACAAUACCACCUAUACUGGCCUACCUCUUGAUCCCCCAUCAGGGAACCCCCCGCCCCCGCCUCCAUCUUCAUCACCCCCUCUGCCUCCUAAGGUCCUCUGCUCCAGGCCCGUGACAGACACCUUCCCUGGAGGGGACAAGGGUGGAGGGGCCUCCUGUGAGCCAGCCCAGGAUUCAUCUGAUAGCCAGACUCCCCCCAGCUAAGCUGCUCACCGCACCACGCACUCACAGGACACCCCAGGUGCUGUGCAUCCAGCUGGCCCAGGCCCUGGGUCCUUGGAUACCAGAGCCACUAGAUCCUUUAGGAUCUAAUCUAAUGCCUAAUGUCUUGACUUUUCUGACCUGGAAGAUGGUCCCUGGAUAUGAUUAAGGUGUCUUGGGAAGCCCCCUGCUGGUCCUUUUGAUGUUACACCACUGGGCUAAAUAAACUCUAAGUGAUAAUACGUAAGCUCUUGAUGGUUGAGGGGCAAGGAAAGGGCCCAAAUUUGGCUGUUACAUAGCCUGUGACCUGAACAGACUCUGGUCCAGAGUUCGUGCUGUGUGAUCCCACGCCUGUCCUGCCAGGGGAAAGUGGUUUAAUUCCCUGGUCCGAAUACUGCAGUGCAGUUGAGUCAAGGGGCACCAAGAAGUCUUCUUCAAAAGCAUUGCUUGCCUUUCUCACAAUAACUGACAUACAGAUUCAUUUGCUUAAGUCGAGGCAAUCUUCUGUUUUCUGCUCUGUACCCUGUAAACAAAUGACAUCUAAUGAUGUAACAUCAUAAGAUGGGAGGAGGGGGAUAAUGAUUAGUUCAAGGAGACUCAGGACACAUGGGUGUGAGAUGGGGCUGAAGAGAAAUAGGUCUAAGGUCGGAAAGUGAAAUAGAUACCAAGAUCCAGGAAGCAAAUGACCUUUGCAGGCAUCAGUUUACCACAGCGGGUCCUCUCACAUGGGUGGCCCUCUGGUGGCACUGUUCCCUUUGGCCUGAACUCUGGGAGGAGCCCAGGGAGAAAAGGCAUGGGGUGGGGGAAAGGGGAAUGAAUGAACAGGCUGUGGCCAUGGCUGUGUGUAAAUGAAGGCCAGUCCAGGCCGGGGCGGGAGGGCGUCUAAGGUUUCUGCCAGGAUUUCUUCUGGAAUUACUCAAUUUGAAAAUAUUUGUCUCUAUUGAAAUGAGAGACUCAAGGGAAGAGGAUGAGGUUGCUCAGGAACCCAGUCUUCUUCUUUUUUUUUUUUUUUAAUUUUGAUACCGUUAAUGUACAAUUACUUGAACAACAUUAUGGUUACUAGACUCCCCCCCAUUAUCAAGUCCCCCCCACAUACCCCAUUAUAGUCA